CAUCGGUGCUUGCUCACGUCCGCCCAGAGCCGUGCGCCGCGCUCUCGUCGACUGUUGCUUUCCUAUCAACUCAGCUAGAUCGAGUCCACGAGCUGCAAGAUGGCGGGGGCGACAGAGACGCAGCCAUUCCGCAACAUCUUCGUCUUCUCAAAAGGAGAGGAAAUCGGCGGCCUCUGGCAACACGGAGACAUGUCCAAGAGAGGCUUUCGGGAAAUGCUCGAGUACUGCUGGCACUUUGAAAUGGAGGGAAAGCCGGUCGCGUGGAGCCUCGUGGAGCGACGUGAGCCUGGCAGCGUCCAGGAGCGAAGCGUGGUUGGCCCGGCCGGGAACGAAGCGGCCGACGAAGCAAUGCCCACUGGCACCUUUGACGUGCUCACCGACGGUACCUGGCAGCCAGUCGACCACUUGACGACGCCUCAUCGUUAUUAUCCUCGCACGCUUAGCUUGAACUCGUCAUCAUCAAGCUUGAGGAGUUCCACGUUCACCGACCGCAUUCGUGAGAGGGACCGGAGGUGUCUGAUCACCGGAGACCGGCCUUUCCGCGGGCAAUGGAAAGGAUUGCAAGCCGCACACAUCUUUCCGAGGGCGCACCUCGAUCGCUGGCGCACGUGUGGCUUUGGCCGCCUUGUUGAGGACACGGGUCGCCACGUCGCCGAUGCCAAGAUCGAUUCGAUCCAAAACGGCUUCCUCCUUCGCUCCGACGUGCACGACCAUUUUGCUGCUCAUUUUUUUGCCAUCGACGUAGACCGCGGAUACACCAUCUACGACUUCAGCCCCUUUGGCCGCAUGCACGGCGAGCGCCUCGAUCUGGACCACGUCGAGCUGGGAUCGAGCGAGAGGCCUCUCGACGCCCUUCUCCGCGAUCACUUCUGGCAGGCCGUCUUGGCCAACGUCAAGGGUGCCUCUGAAGUCUAUCACGACGAGCCAGAAGACGACUGGACGAAUACAGACACGCUGCACCUCGAGAAUGACGCACUGCACAAGACCGACAAGGGCCGCCUCAGGCUCGAGCUGGAGCUUGGCAGUCGUCUCAAUCACCUUGUUUCCUAGUUCAAACAGCACAGCAUUCCAUUUGUACGCAUAUUUUUUUUUAUUCAUAGAGACAUCCCACGGCCUAAUGAUAUCCUUAGAGACGCC